AUGUUGCAAAGGCCAUUGGGAAUAAAAACAACCAGAGAAGCCAAACCACCAGUAAAUUCUUUGCUUAGCAAUGCUAAGGCAGGUGUUCCCUUAAAUGCCUCUGGAACAUCAUCUAGCACAAAUGCUGCUGCAAACAAUUCAUUGCCUUCCAUGUUUCCUGCUGGCAGUGCACCUCCACUUUCACCAAGAAGUUCAUCUGGUUCUCCUCGUGUCAUGAAACAAAGGACAGGCCCUUCUGCUUUAGGCUCUCCUCUAAAAUUAGUGAGUGAGCCAGUUAAAGAGUUGAUACCUCAGGUCUGA